GCAUCCAUGAAGAUGCUUAAUUCAUUUUUCCUUUUCUGAACAAGAACUAAAAUGUUUUCUUUUGGCUGUUUUCUUCUUUGUGUGUGUGGCUGUGCGUGUGAAGGUGAAGGACGACUCAAUAAUUCUUGCCAAGACAGUUGCUGAUCAAGUAUCUAUGUGGAAGAGUAAUCGGGGCCUGACCGAUAAGAUUUUCAAUGACCAUACUUGUUCUGGAGAAACCUGUAACUACUACCAAAUCGGGGAUGCAUUUGUUUGUGAUAAGACGGGGCAGGAUCAUGUAUGUGAUGAUACUUGUCGAGAAGUCAUUUUGGAUCCCAACAAUGAGCUUUUGGUCUGCACAAUUUCAGGCCACUGUUUUGAUAGGUUACUGUCUCCAUCCGAAAUGGAAUUGGAUACCGAACAGCAGCAAGCUGGUGGCACAGAUGAAGCAGCAAGCUGA